AUGAACGAACCUUAUAGUCCAACGACGCCUCGACCUAUCAGUACCAGCUCACCUAACACCAUGAAAAUUUUUAUGUGUUUUCUUAUUGUAUUUAUUAUAGCACAGACUAUUGGGACUGUACUUUUUUGCUUAUAUCUUCACAUGAAGCUGGAUAAGUUGGAACAGGAGUUGAGCUUACAGGAAGAUUAUUUGUUCCUCCGAAGAAUACAAAAAUGUCGGAAACCAGAAGGUGCGGGCUCAUCACUAUUGGACUGUAAGGAGAUCAUAAACAGAUUCCAGGAUCUGCUAGUCAAAGAUCCAGAAGUCAGCAAGGAUGAUGCAAAAUUUGAAAUGCAAAAAGAUGACAGGCAGCAACCAAUUUCAGCUCACCUAAUGGGGUUCAAGAACAGCACCAAGAAAGUAUCAGUUUUACAAUGGCAGAAAACGGGGUACGCCCCUAUGAGCAACCUGAUAUCCUACAAAGGAGGGAAAUUGAAGGUGGAAAAAGAAGGGCUCUACUACAUCUACUCCCAGGUCAGCUUCUGCACCAAGACAGCUCCUGGGGCGCCAUUUACGGUGUUUAUUUAUUUGAACCUACCAUCGGAAUCUGAUCGGCUCUUAUUAAAGGGACAGGAUACACACAGCUCAUCCAGUGUUUACUGUGCCCUACAAUCCACUCACCUGGGAGGAGUGUUUGAACUCCGGAAAGGUGACGUGGUGUUUGUUAAUGUGACAGAUUCAACUCAAGUGAACUAUGAUCAUGGAAACACAUACUUUGGUAUGUUUAAACUCUAUUGA